CAUAAAUGUUUUGUUGAAAGUUUGAGUGUUGUCGGUGCUUGAAGUGAAGUCAUGUAGAUGGCACACUCGGAUAAUAACCUGACAGUGAAGAGCGACAUCAUAGCAUGUCAGUCAAAACCCCUGCAGUUGUGGUAUGCGCAGUUUAUACUGUGGUGUUUUAAGAUAGUUUCUAUUUUAAAACAUAUGAUCACUGUACUGUAGUUUGCAGACACAUCAUCUGUUGGAUAUGUGAAAAAAAGUUUCUUUUGAAAGUUUCUUUUCUCAGGUAUUUUCACAUCAUGUGAGUGCUUCUUGUUGGGUUCCCUGGAGUUGAAGUGGAUCCAGAGUGUCCUGCUGUGUGUCAGCUGUGUGCAGACAUCUGACAUCUCAGGCUUGAUGUGUUUUAUCCAUAAGAGGAGCAGGUUGUGAGCACAUGUUGUGGCUUUGGACAGCUGUGUGUGAGUGAUGUAGUCAGUAAGAUGUAUGACAUCAACCUUUAUUAUGUCUGUACCGCAUAUUAGGAGCUCAUCAAUUCUGGUUCCCAUAUUUAAACUCAAGUUAUUGGCUAAUGUUGGGCAGAUAGUAAAUACUAAUACCUUCUUAAAAAUCUGUGUGCAUCUAGUAGAGGUCAUAUGUCUCUGUAGUUCCACAUCACUUCUUAUUUAUAUGCAGAGACAUUCAUAUAUUCAUAUGCUAUAUAGGUUUGUCCAAAUUUAAAUUAAAUAUGGUUUAUACACAUUAUGUUAUUACAGACUUAAUAUGACUCAGAUCAUUAUUCAAAGUGGAUCUGUCUAGAGCUAAAACAAUUAGAAGCUUUACAGCAAAUUAGUCAACAGCAACUGGGAUUACUGCUUAAUUGUUUGAGUCAUUUUCAACCAUGCAUGCCAAACAUUUGCUGGCUUCAGCUCCUCACUUGUGAGGGGUUGCUGCUCUUCUCUGUUUUACAUCACUGUUAAUAGAAUAUCUUCGAGUUUUAUCUGCUGGUUGGACCAAGCCAACAACUUGAAAGAGUGUUUGGCUCAUGGACACUACUUUCUGGCAUUUUAUAGGCUUGCACUUGAUUGAUUAAUGUGAACUGUAUUGUGCAGCCAAGACCUCAUAGCUUCAGUGAUACCAUUGUCAUUCCUGAUACUAAUCCAGUAUGUACUUUCUUAUGAUGCAUUUAAUGUCCAUUUUAAUCAAAUAGUUAAGUCUUGGAAAAAGUUCAGAGACCUGCUGAAAUGUUGGAAGUGUUUCCAGUAAAAUGAAAGAUCAGACUAAACUGCUCAUGUCACAUCACAUCACACUCUACUAAGAUGUAUGUUGCAAUGUAAUCAUACAGGUUUAGCAACCCACUCGCCAGAAUAAAUGCUGGCAUUGUACCUUUAUGCAAACCAGGGUUGCAUUUUUACGUUAUUAUGUAGCCGAUGUGCUGAAACUCUACAGUUUAAUAACACUGUGGUUAGGUUUAGGCACAAAAACCACUUGGUUACGUUUAGGAAAACAUUGCGUUUUAGCUUAAGAUACCCAGUUUUGGUGGAAGAAACCCAUCUGGAAAUGCAACAAUGUCUUGGUAAAAAACAACCUUUUCUAGUGUGUCCAGUAGCUCAGCAGGAAGGGUGGGUGCCCCAUGUACAAAGGUAGUGUCCUGGUUUGAUUUCAACUUGUGGCCCUUUGCUGCAUGUUGGCCCCUUUCAUGCUUCAAACUGUCCUGUCACUACAAAGGCAAAAAGCUCCAAAAAAAGUAACCUUAAAAUAACACUUUCUUAUGGCACUAUCCCCAAUAGAACGCAGCGAUGAAGUGUAAGAAAACACCUAUGUUUGCUGCCUAAAAAGCUCCUGGAAACGCAGCAAUGACUGGCUUAAAAACAACCGGUUUUGUUCUUUGUUGGUCUCAAACAGUGGUCAGCAAAGUGGCAGGCGUAUGACCUAGGCGACAUGUCAUCCACCAUCCCCUCCACCUCCUGAAAACAAAGUCAGCUAAUACACUACGUCACUUUAGAAACGCUGAUUUAAUAUGCAUGAAAGGUACAAAUUUAACUUAUCCAUGGUUUGCAGAAAUGUAUUUACAGUGUUUACAGUUUUUAUACAGACUUUGAUGAAAAAGUAGUCAUAGUAUAGAUUUUAUGGGACAGUGGCACACAUGGUCUAAGGACAGUGAUUUCUUUCUUUGACUGUUCCCUGUACCAUUUUUUCUCCAGUCACAUUUACUAGCAUUGUUUCUGGCUUUAUAUUCUCUCUGUGCCUGUCUAGUAUAUGACCCUACAGAGAAAUGACAAUUGUAUUUUCUAUUUUUCUUUUUUCUAUUUCUGUUUCUUUUUAAAAAGAGUGACUGAAUUAAGUAUCUAUUGAAACUCACACCCCCACCCCCCUUCACAAACACACACUCUGAGAAAAGCCAUGAAACUGGUUUAACAUAUCAGAGCAUUGAUCUAGAACAAAUCUACGCUGACUCCAGCUGACACACAGUUGGUGUGCGCAUUUAUCAGGAACUUCUCGAUAAGCUCAUCACAUCACAGCUGAAAGUAUGACGGGUAUUUUUGGCUCUUGACACAUGGACACAUGGAGAAACUAUCAUUUCAUUAUCUCUCGUCACUCGUGCUGGCACGAUAAGCCAUCUGGCAUUCCUCAGAUAUAGACUAGUGUGGUUUGGUAUGUCACUUGAGAUUUGCUGACUAAAGGAAUGUGACUGAACUGCACACCGAUGCGGUGACUCAGCUGACCACUUCCUGUGUCUGUGAUCACCAAGUCACAUUUUAGUGCCCGGGGGUUUGAGUCCGUCUGCAGCUGAGUUGGUCCGAUUGUUGUUGGAGAACAGUAUCCUCUGUUGUUGAGUCCUACACAGGAAACACCAGCUGCAUCUUUGCUGCUUGUUUUUGGAACAGAAUCUGAAGUGAUUUAUGAUUUCAUUUUCUUAAAUGGUCCAUUAUAUUUCAUUUAAUUGAAUUCUAUUGUUACUGGGUUGCAGUUAUGAAUCUGUUGCAGUAUAUGAAGGGGUGUGACCCUCAGGAAAGCAGAUCUCACAUAGUUACACUGACAUCUAGUGGACAUACAGGGUACUAUGCCUCUGGGCCACAUUUUGCAAGAACAAUAGAGACCCCCCUUUGUGUCCGCUCUCGCCAUCGCUCUCCUCACUCCGGCCCUCCCUCCAUCCCGCUCCUUUUGUCUCUCCAUCUCUCUGGGCUCUCCCGGCUGAUUCACCCUCCCUUCAUCGCUCCAGUCUUCAUUCCUCCUGUGUUUAAAUCCCAGCCCCACCGAGAUGAGCGUGGAGCCCUGGGCCAGCCCGCAGGACCAGGCAGCCGCUGAGCACGCACACAGCACCCACACGCCAUCCUCCCAGGAUCAGGAGCAGCACCCCGACAAACUCUGCCUGGACUCAUUCUGGAGUGAGGUGGAGACCAUCCGACAGGGGAGUGGCUACACAGACCUCGACUGCACCAGGAGAGACUCCAGACAGUCAGAAGAAGGUGAACAGGAGGAGCAGUGGUUGGCCGAUGCUGGUUUGUCAACCCUCAUUAGUGAUGAUAGUGAGGAUGUAGACAACGCGGUGCUGCUGUCCACUCUGACCCGGACCCAGGCCGAGGCCGUGCAGCGCCGACUGGACUCCUACACGCUGUCCCUUCGCAAGAGGAACAAACCGGCGCCGCGUGACGUUCGCGACAUCUUCAACUCCCCCAUCACUCAGACUCUCCUGCCUGAGUCCCACCACAGUGAAGACCCUGCCCAAAACAGCAUGGCGUCAGUUCCAAAGACACCACUAUCAGCUGUGACGCCAGAGCAUCAGCGAGGCGCUCCCAAAGAGGAAUUCUUCAUCACCGACGUGGCUUACUGCGAACAGGCCGUCAUCUUCCUCAAACAGGCCAAACUGCCGCAGAACAACAGCCAGCGCAGAAAAGAGGAUGGCACCCUGCCUCGGGUCAUCUGCCCAAAGUGCCGUUUAGGAGUGACUCGUAUUCAGGAUCUCUCCCACUCUGACAUGAAGAAGGUGCGUCAGUUGGCUCUCAUCGACAUGACGGCGCUAUGCGACCUUUUAGAGCUGGAGGUCAAAAGGCACAAAAUGGGCAAAAGGAAAGUCCCAGAGAGUCCCCUCUACGGUGUGCCGCUGGCUACGCUGCUGGAGAGCGAUCAGAAAAUCAAGCCCAACACCUCGACUCCUCUCUUCCUGCAGGCGUUGUUGUCGUUUUUGGAGAAGAAAGGAGUCGAUUCUGAGGGGAUCCUGCGGGUUCCAGGAUCUCAGUCCAGAAUCAAGCAGCUGCAGCAGAACUUGGAGACCAACUUCUACUCAGGGCAAGUCUGCUGGGACGACGUGAGUCCCAACGACGCCGCCGCGCUGCUCAAGAAGUUCAUCAGGGAACUUCCCGCUCCUCUUCUCACCGCAGAGUACCUCAACACCUUCAGCGCCGUCAGAGACAUCACGGAGCUGAGGCAGAAACUUCACAUGUUGAACCUGCUCAUCCUGCUGCUGCCUGAGCCCAACAGGAACACACUGAAGGCGCUCCUCGAGUUCCUCAGUAAGGUGGUUUCCAGGGAGAAGAAGAACAGGAUGAACCUGUGGGCCGUAGCAACCAUCAUGGCUCCCAACCUCUUCCUGCAUAAGGCCGUCCCCAGCAGACUGACUGAGGGGGCAGAGAAAGGACAUGCGGAGAAGGCAGCUGAUGUCAUGAGGCUCCUCAUCCGCUACCAGGACCUGCUCUGGACGAUCCCAAACUUCCUCAUGAGCCAGGUGCGUAAGCUGAACGAGAAUAGCAACCGGCGUUACCAGUUUUACGAUCGCCGCAUCAAGAACCUGCUGAGGAAGAUCCACACAGACAGCCGCGACAAACCUGAUAAAAACACCUCAGAGUUGUGUCGUACAGUGAAGAUCCAGGUCGGGGAUCUGGUGAGCGGCACCAUGGAGUACCAGCUCAACAUCAACUCCAGAGCCUCAGACCUGCUCGCACAGUUUCAGCGCCAGUCCCUCCGCAGCCCCGACAAUGGAAAGGGCAAAAUGCGAAGAAACGGCGCCGUGGCAUAUCCGGACUGCGCCCUGUACGAAGUGGGAGGGAACAUUGGUGAGCACUGUCUGGACCCCGACACACACCUUCUGGAUUUGUACAACAGUAACUCAGGAGGGGAGUGGGUCAUCAAGCUGAAACCCAACGGCAGCAGAGGGCUGUGAAAGAUGGACGAACAGAUCGGGGAACAGGUUGCCCAAGAAGGACAAAGGCAGAGCCUGAAAAAAAAAAGAUCAAAUCCGUGCAGCCCUCUCUUCUUCUCGUCCUUUUCAUCCUCGGAUCAACAAGGGAGAAGGAGACAGAUGGACAGAUGGAGGAUGCAGGAACAGAUAGAUGGAGAAUCUGCCAGGAGCAGAGCUUAAAAACUGUCUAUGAUCAGAUGAACACACUUUGCCCUCCUUCUCUUUUUCCCCUCUACCUUUCCUCUCUCUGUCUUUCUCCUCUUUUUCCUCCUCCUUUCACUCCAUCACUCCUCUCCUGCGUUACCGGCGGGGCUGCGAUGCCACGAGCAGAAAGCGGCUGACGUGACUCAUUACUUCCGACAGAGAAAAGAGGGAGAGAGAGCGGCAGGGCAGUUUGGUUCGCCAUCUUUUCUUUCAAGCAAUCAUCUCCAACUAUGAGCAAGCAGAUGGGGAUGCAGAGCACCUCUGGCUACAGAGAGCCGAGGUCCCGCCCCCUCCUCAGGCCAGACAGACAGUGUGUUUUCAUAUCGCGGGUUUCAUUCAUCAGUGACUACAUUUACAUGAACAGUAAUAUUCCGCUUUUAUUCAGAAUAUGAUGAUAUUCUGAAGCUGAUACAGGUCAUGUAAACAGCAUAUUUUCAGAGUUAGGCCUUCUUCUGAUUGUGGCAUUUUCUUAAUAAGCAUCUCAGCUGGGCUUUUUACUGCAGUUUACACUCGGCCUCUUGCCUGUUUAUGGUCAGCUCUGUGCGUUAUACACAAACUGACACACCAACAGUUUGCAAGGCAGGGGUUAGAGAUGCAUGCCCAAAAGAAAAUCCCUCAUUUCUAGUCGGAAGGAGAAACACACCUGCUUUUAAACAUUAUAAAAGACUUUUUAGAUUGGUGCAAAUAUCGCAACACUGACCUUUUCGAGAAGGUUGUUGAAAGAAUGACAGAGGAUGGCUGUGUUCACAUGGCCACCAGUGGAAAACUUUGAAAACAUUUUGUAGCAAAGGGAGAAAAUGAGACAAGUGGUUCCACUUUUAUUCAUCGUGAAAAACGACACGUUAUGGCACAUUAAUCAAAGUAUGCAGCUGCAUUCACUGUCAUUUUCCACGUAAACAGCUCAGUAGGAGUAUCGUCUUUUUCAGAAUAAGGGCAAAAGUAGGAUUAUUGUGUGCAUGUAAAAGUAGUCAGUGUUCUGUAAGAAGCUGAUGCAUGAUACAGGAGCUCUGCGACCAUAUUCUAGGCUAUAAUCUGGUGUCUAAACCUGUACUGUACAGUACAUUUUAAAAGUUGUUUUAUACAAGGGGAAACGAUGUUUAUUUUGAGACUGAAAAUUGUCACCAUGAAGUCUGUUUAGUAGCUGUUGUGGAGAUUUCUAGAUCUCCACAACAGCUUUGUGGGGAAUUUAGGUGUAGGUCUAAUCCCGCUACCAGAAAUCAGGUUUCCCGUUAACAUGACAUUAAAUAAAUCAAGUUGCUGGAGAAAGCCAAAACAGAUCACUUAAAUGCGUUAAACAAAAUGGCUGCCACAGGUACCCAUUUAUCUAAGAAUAUGGACAGAAAACUCCAGUAUCAUGUCAUGUAAUCACUGAUGAUUAAAAUCAAGAAAAAGCAUUGAAAACUGAAAGCCAGUGGAUCAGAGGCCGGCCUAGAAACAGAGCAGGACUUCGGCUCUCUGUAAACACAGUUACAGUCUGAUCAAUCAGUUAAUCAACUGACUCUCACUCAUCCACUCAUCUGCUUUUGUCUCUCCGCUGACCGUUUCCCAUCUCAGACAUUUUGAUCACAAACUAAACAAAGAAGGAGAGCUCUGUCUUUUCUGUAUCGCCUCCGUCCUUUGUCUGUGCCAUUCAAAGAGGGAAAGAGACCCGGACGAACUGACAUCUUCUUAUCUGUGAAACCCUGCAAUCUCCUGGGCCUUAUAAAAAAUCCGUGGACUUCCAAGGACCCCUGACCUGUACAGAAGCUCAAAGAGACUUUCCUUUUUUCUUUUGAUACCAAGGGAUUUGGUGUCACAACCUCAAGGACAGUUAUUGCACCUCUAAAGGGAGUUGUUACGGACACACAGUGAAGCUGGUCUUCAGGUCUCAUUUUUAAACGCAUGAAUCGAGCCGAAAGUGCUGCAGUGACUCUUGGGGGUUUACUGGGAUAAUUGUUAUUUAUAUGAAUGUAACGCCAUUGUUGCUUCUGUAUUUGAUGAGUAUUGUGUAGGCUAGAGAGACUGUAGGAUCACGUGGAGUUGCCGCGCUCAGUGUAACAGUAUGUUGUGUGAAGUCACCCAUGCUCAGUGUGGGAAUUUGCAGUGUUCUUGUACAUAAUUCUCGAUGCCGAGUUUCUGACGGAUCUGUUGACGUCCUGAACAGUGCAGUGAGAUAGAUGUCAUGUGUAAAUAUUCACUCACACACUCUGCUGUGAAGAGGCACCGGUGCAGUCGGACUGUUUUGAUUGUGUCGCCACUCGAGGUAUUCUGAACACACACACGCAGCAAAUGAAUGUGGUUAACAUUUUGUGCCCAUCGUCAGAUGUGAAUCAUUUACUCCUCGCUGCCGGAGCCAUGUUGGGGCUCCGCGGCCAUUUUGUGGGAAGUGUCUCGCCACUCUCCGCUCAAUAGAUGGAGUAAUGACAGUCGGCCCCGGCACCGACAUCUAUCACCACCCUCUGCUCCAUCUCUGUCACCUCCCAGUAAUGGACCAUAAUGGCGGUGCGGUGCAUGCAUCAGAAACACGCAGAGGAAUCACAUUUCUUUGAUAAAGGAGAAGGUAAUAAAUGCUGUUAUAAAUUCUGCUGCCCUGGACCUGACGACAGCAGCAGUGUGUGUGUGUGUGUGUGUGUGUGUGCAUGCAUGUGUAUGAUGAGCUUCAUUACACAAGUCCAAUUGGCCUGUCCCAGGGUCCCAGGCACAGUUCAGUGCCUCGGCACAAAGCGAGCUGAUGAAACCGCCUUCUGCUGACAAUCAGGAGAACUAGGUCACCUCUGAAGCAGCAUCCCAGAGGGCAAGCAGUGUGGGGCCAAACACCCCGAGGAGCCCGGCACACGGACGCGUAUUGUGUAAACACACAACAUGAUGUGGAGUCACCAAAAUGGGGGGACACAAGUUCACACACAUUACACCAGUUUUCUGUUUGUACAUAUGUGAAUGUGUUUGUGUGUGAGAGGAAAAGAUGCAGUUUCCUUUGGGGGUACAGUGUUAUCUAUGUAAUCACCCAGGGAGACGAAACGAUGGACAGUUACAGGAACGUGUGUUUGUCAUGAUCAAAGCGUGGUUGUGGACCUUUUUAUUGUCUUCAUCAGUGUUCGGUGAAGAUUGUAGACGUCGGCGAGCAGACGUCAGAAUGUAUAUUUAUGCCCUUUACACAUUGUUUUUAAUACUUUCUGUGAAAAUAGUCUUUGCUGUAGAAACAAAAACUUUUGAAAAACGUUUUUGUCAAUAAAUGUGAAUCUAAUGUG